AUGCCGAACACCAAGAUUGUACAUGUCCCUCACCUGGGCGGCAUCGAUGCCGCGUACCAGAUGCCUCACCCUUAUGACCCAUCCAAGCCGACAUUGAUUCUCGUGAAUAGCUUCACCACUUCAUCUGAACUGUAUCGGAAGCAGUACGCCAACAAGGCGCUGACAGACAAGAUGAACCUUUUGGCCAUCGAACUGCUCGGCCACGGGCAGACACGGACUAAGUCUGAAAAUUUUACCUAUUGGGACACUGCAAUCAUGAACAUUCAGGUCAUGGAGGCGCUAGGAAUUCCAAAAGCUUUUGUCCUGGGCACCAGUCAGGGAGGGUGGAUUACGAUCCAGGGCAUUAUCCCUCUCGGCACCUCGCUGGACUAUGAGUCCGAGCGAACACGCAAGCUCGGCUGCUGGGACGGCGUUGCCGCCUGUACAGGCCCAAUCGACAUGUGGACGACCAAGACCCCUACACCCGAUUUUCAACCUGACAUCGAUUACUGCGACUUUCUAAUUGACAUUGGCUUCGGAAAGGACUGUCCCCAAGAGACGCGAGACUUCUGGCGCAAGACGAUCCAAGCGAAUUAUCAGGGUGACGACGGUCGCAGGCGGGCGAGGAUGGCGGCGAUCAAUCUGCGGGAGCGAGACGGGCUGCAUGGACGAUUGUUUGAUGUCAAGUGUCCGGUUAUGUGGUUGCAUGGAACUGCUGAUGUUGUCUACAGUGUAGCCAAUGCCGAGCAGGAAAUCAAGCUCUUCGUCAACUCCCCGUCGGCGGAAUUGGUUGUCGUACCGGGCGGCGCUCAUUUCUUAUCCGCCUCUCAUCCGAAUGAGGUCGACAAUGCACUGAUCGCGUUUGUGGGGAAGUAUGCUUGA